UGAAUUUGAAAUCAUAUUUUAACUUAAAACUCAAAGAAAAGCCUAUAAAAACGACACCGUUUUACCCUGUGAGAAACAGUAGGGUGAAAGGGGCCCAACUGCUCUGUUCGCACUACACAAACACCAAGUGCCGGAUUCAGUGACCGAUCAAAACACCGUUAUCUACUCCCUCCCACUAUUCCACACCACCGGUUAAUCGCCAUGGAAUUCCCGUUCGGCCACCACCACCACGACCACGGGAGAAAUGAUGAUGAGGAAGAGAGAAGGGAGCACUACCCACCACCUGACACUGCCCCCCCACCGCCAUAUCUUGGAGGAAAUGAAUCGGUACCACCACCGCCACACCCACCCUCCUAUUAUCAAGGAAGUGAAUUUCCACCGCCACACCGAAGACCUUAUUUUCAAGAAAAUGAGUUUGCACCUCCACCACCAGUGCAAGAAAGUCAUGUUUACCACUCAUCUCACAACCAAGAAGUGUACUCCUCUCUUGAUUAUCCACCACCGACGCAAGUGAUCCAUGUUUCUCAUGAGAAAACUGAGAGCGAGUCCUCUCAUUCUUUUAGGCCCCAUUUGCCAUCUUUCAUUCACCACCACACUCACCAGUCUGGCUCUGGUUCUGGGUUUGACCUAUCUAAUAAGCCUUCCUAUAAGGUUUAUUGCAAGGCUGAGCCUAAUUUUUUUCUCACGAUCAGGGACGGGAAAGUGAUUCUAGCACCAUCGGAUCCAUCUGAUGAGUUCCAAAACUGGUACAAGGAUGAGAAGUAUAGCACAAGAGUAAAGGACGAGGACGGCUGUCCUUGCUUUGCUUUGGUUAACAAAGCCACUGGUGAGGCCAUGAAGCAUUCCAUUGGAGCCACACAACCUGUGCAGCUGAUACCUUAUAAUCCAGAUGUUCUUGAUGAGUCUAUUCUGUGGACUGAGAGCAAGGAUUUAGGUGAUGGUUACAGAACUGUGAGGAUGGUUAACAACAUUCACCUGAAUGUAGAUGCUUUCCAUGGUGAUAAGAAAUCUGGUGGUGUCCAUAAUGGUACCACUAUUGUGCUCUGGAAGUGGAACAAAGGAGAUAACCAGAGAUGGAGGAUCACCCCACACUGAAUAUACCUGCUAGUGUUGCAAUUUAUAGCAGCUAUAUGCCUACAUAGCAUUUGCUGAAGUAUUGCUUGGGAGGAAUCAGGAAUGCUGUUAAUAUCUUUUGAGUUUUGAGAGUGGUGUGUGCUCCUGUUCCUUGAUAUAAAAUAUGUACUUGUGGCGAAGAUGUUACUACUACUAUUUCUGCUAUAUAGAUUGUGGAUGUGUAUGAUCUGCUAUUAUAUCUCGUGUGUAAGCUAUUGCUAUUGAAAACAUAUGCUACAGAGUUCUUUGAACUUAAUAUAUACCUAUUUAUCAUGUGGUA